AUGGGAAAUGCCUCGGACACAGCCAUUUUCGUUUCCAACAUAUCAAAAGAGAAUGACUUCCUCAUGGGAUCUAUUUAUGCCAUUUUUGGGGUCCUGUCUCUUUUGGGGAACAGUAUACUGCUGUUUGUCGCCUAUCGCAAGAAGUCCUCCUUGAAGCCAGCAGAGUUCUUUGUUGUCAACCUGUCUAUCAGUGACCUUGGGAUGACCAUCACCCUUUUCCCCCUGGCCAUACCCUCUGCUUUUGCACACAAGUGGCUGUUUGACGAGCUCACCUGUCUGUACUAUGCCUUCUGUGGAGUUCUCUUUGGCCUGUCCAGUUUGACCAACCUUACUGUCCUCUCCUCUGUCUGCUGUUUAAAAGUCUGCUAUCCACACUAUGGUAACAAAUUUUCAUCUGCCCACGCCUGCCUUUUGGUGGUAGGGGUGUGGUGCUAUGCAUCCAUCUUUGCAGUGGGGCCUCUGGCACAAUGGGGUCACUAUGGCCCAGAGCCUUAUGGCACGGCCUGCUGCAUCAACUGGGAGGCCCCUGGCCACGAGCUGUCCGCCAUGACCUACAUCGUCUGCCUCUUUCUCUUCUGCUACGUGGUCCCCUGCUCUAUCAUCUUUGUAUCCUACAUCUUCAUCCUGCUGACCGUCCGCGGCUCCCGCCAGGCCGUCCAGCAGCACGUCUCCCCACAGAACAAGACCGUCAAUGCCCACACGCUCAUCGUCAAGCUGUCCGUGGCUGUGUGCAUCGGCUUCCUGAUGGCAUGGAGUCCGUAUGCAGUGGUGGCCAUGUGGGCAGCCUUUGGCAACUACGAGACCGUGCCACCCAUGGCCUUCGCGCUGGCCGCCAUCUUUGCAAAGUCCUCCACCCUCUACAACCCCAUGGUCUACCUGCUGUUCAAGCCGAACUUUCGCAAGUCCCUGUGCCGGGACGCGGCGCAGUGUCGCCGCAGGCUCUGUGCGUGCCUGUGCGACUGCGAGGCCAGGCCUGCCCCGAAGAGCUCCUGCACCCCCUCCCAGCGCAGCAACAAGGAGGUCAGCAACUCCACCCGCCUCUCCAAUGGCCUCCCCGAGUGCCACGGGGCCUGCCGCCACUGCCCAGAGACAGGGGCUGGGUGCCUGGCCACACCCCAGAGGACUGCCCGCAUCAUGACGGGCUCCACACACAGCGAGGUGGCCGUCAGCCAGCUCUCCAACGAACUUCAGAGUGACUUCCUCUAG